GAGAGAGAGAGCAAGCGCUCGAAGUGGAGUGAACGAGGAAAGGAUUGAAGGAGAGAGACAUGACAAAAUAUCAAAAGAGGGAAAGCACGCUGUACCAUGCGAGCUAAAUUUGUGACCGCUGGAAUUGAGGAUGUCGGAUUAAUGGUGACUAUCAUAGCCCGUUUUCGCAGAGGAAGCUUUUCGAUUGGAACUUUCGAACAGAAGGUCCGCGGGGAAACAUGGCCGAAGGAGGGGCGGGUAAAGGUGGCGGAGAAGACGAAGCCAAGUCGACGGAGCAAGAAGAGCGAAUUCGUCCCCAGCUUCUGUCAGGAACAGGCCACUGCAAGUGGUUUAAUGUUCGAAUGGGGUUCGGAUUUAUAUCAAUGACCAGCAGCGAGGGGAGCCCCGUAGAUCCCCCUCUGGACGUAUUUGUUCACCAAAGUAAACUGGUGAUGGAGGGCUUCCGCAGCCUGAAGGAGGGCGAGCAGGUGGAGUUCACCUUUAAGAAGUCCUCCAAGGGCCUGGAGUCCCUGUGGGUGACGGGGCUGGGUGGGGGACCGUGUGCGGGCAGCGAAAGGAGACCCAAAGGGAAGGUCCCGCCCCAGAAGAACCGCAAACCAAAGGGAGACCGCUGUUAUAACUGUGGAGGUCUGGACCACCAUGCCAAGGAGUGUGGCCUGCCCCCCCAGCCAAAGAAAUGCCACUACUGCCAGAGCAUCAGGCACAUGGUGGCCCAGUGUCCCCACAAGGUGCUGGCGGCCCCCACAGGCUUUCAGGACCCCCUGCACCCCUCUACCUCGACCCACCUGUACCCCGCCGACGAGGAGGAGCGCUCGGGCUCGUCCCCCCUUGAGGGCCCCUCGCCCUCCCCAGAGGAGCUAACCCAGUCACACCGUGUUGGCCCCCAGAGGGGGAGGAAAUAGGGGGAGAGCUGUACCUCCCGACCCCUGACUCUCCUCACCUAAGGAACCCCCCUUAACCCCCACCCCUAAUCUACCUCGCACUUGUGGAAAUAAUAGGUCUAUUUUUGGCAGGACCAGCGCAGCUAUGGCAACAAUCGUCAGGGGUACGGAUGUAUGUGACUGACUGGCUGUGGCAGCUAUGACAACCAUUGCUGGGGAUAUGGAUGCAUGUGAAUGACUGUGUCUUUGUGUGUGACUGGUCUCAAUCAGUGCAGCUCAAGAGACGAUAUGGUCUUAAAGAGAAACAAGGUUGGCGGUGAAUCUAAUGACUCUCUGGGUUAGAUGACUCUCUGGGUUAGAUGACUCUCUGGGUUAGAUGACUCUCUGGGUUAGAUGACUCUCUGGGUUAGAUGACUCUCUGGGUUAGAUGGCUCUCUGGGUUAGAUGGCUCUCUGGGUUAGAUGAUGUCAUCCAUAACUCUUUCUGUGGCAAUUUCUGAAUAGGACUCGCUUCUCUUUUAGAUUUUGGUCCACCUGGUUCAUAUUUAUAUUAUAUAACCGUUCCAAAGGUCAUGAUGCGGCGAUCCAGCAGAGUUAAUUUGAAUCAUUAAGGAUUUUAAAUAAGGCCAUGAUGUAGGCCAGUGCUUCUUAAUCCUGUGUAUUUUAGUUGUAUCCUUCGCAUCUACACACUAAAUUCAACUAAUCAACUCACCACCAACUUUUUGAUUAGAGUUCUACUUUUUUUCUAAGAGUGUGGGAUCAGGAUUGGGUAACACUGAUAGGCCCUGUAUCAAAACAAUGGAACCUCAACCAAUCAGAAGCAAAAUUAUUCUUUAAUGUGGCCUAUCCAAUCAGUGUAGAGGAGAUUACCAUGGAUACCAGAGUGAAUGUCAUACCUACCAGUAGCCUAACUGUCACUCCUAAACCACAGAAUAUUUUCUAGUUCAGUGGUACUGACAAUUGACUGCAGAGUGCAUAGCAUUGAAUCCAGGCAGGUGUGCAUACUUGCUUGUGUGCGAGUGGGGUUGUGUGUGCGAGUGGGGUUGUGUGUGUGAGUGGGGUUGUGUGUGUGUGAGUGGGGUUGUGUGUGUGUGUGAGUGGGGUUGUGUGUGUGUGUGUGUGUGAGUGGGGUUGUGUGUGUGUGUGUGUGUGUGUGGGCUUUUGUGUGUGUGUGUGUGUGGGCUUUUGUGUGUGUGUGUGGGGGGGCUUUUGUGUGCGUGUGUGCGAGAGACGCUGACCCUUUCAUAAAACAACAGUGGCAGACGAGAAGUUUCAUCUUUCAGAUUAGGGGCCAACCUCUAGCUGGACUUGCUAUUAACAAUAAUAUUUCAUAUAAUCCUACAGAUGCCUCAUAAGAAACCAUAUAAUCAAUAUCCACCGAUAGGUUUGUUUCAAAACAGAAAGAAAUACCAUUAUUUAAUUGGACUAGAUCUAGAGUUGGGUUGCUGGCUAAUUAGUUGAACAGUUUAUAAACUCACAAUAUAUGUCAGUAAUAUAUGUAUGAAAGAAUAGCAUAUUAUUAAAAUGUAAGUAAUAUUCUAACAUAGUUUAAGAAAGCUCUGUAUUGUGCGUAGGAUUCUUUAUUGUCAAGUUAACACAGCGUUAUGUUAAAGCACCAUCACACCCCUCUCUCCCUUGACCUGUGUGACAUCACUAUCUCCUCCUUUCACUCUACCCCUCUAUCACCAUCUAUCCCCUCUCCUCCUUUGCCAUCAAGUGCCUAGGGCCUGGAGGUUCUCCCUGACUUAAUUAGGUAAACCUCAGAAUCCUAGAUAAAGGCCCAGUAACAGUCAAGUCUACAUACCCUCUAGGUCUGUGUGAUGUCACAAUCCCCCUCAAAACGGGAUUCCAAAACCCCGCUGCCAUGUUCCAAAUAGUCCAGAGAUUUACUAAGACAGGAAGGAGGGAGGCAGAAAACUCAAAUGCUGGUUUUGGUAUGACGUGAAUCCUCUGCGACUUUCCAGUAGCGCGUAUCCUAAUGAAACGUGACAACUCUUCUCUGACCAUAUUGAAUGUGAAAAUAACUUCUCUGAAGUGGCACUCCACCCAAAAGUUAAUGUGGCUCACUUUGGAAUUGUAUCUUAAUGUGCUGACAAAUCAAAUGACUUUGUAUGAUGAUAUCAAACUAGCUUGUGUUUUCUAAAGCUCUAAAACAAACUAUGUAGGCAACCAACUGUUUUAGGUAUACAUUUCUAUACCAAAGAGUAUGGCUUCAUUUGAAGGCGUUUUAAAAGUAGGAAUUGUUGCUUUGCUGUUCCUGCUCCUUUGGAAUUUCUAGGGACGAUUGCUGAAAGUUCAACACUGAGGUUGUUUAUGUACAGCUUUUUGAAUGUGUGACAUGCAUCGAAAUAAAUCCAGCAAGUGCACAACAA